AUGACAGUUGGGGAAUUGGAGGGCGGUGGGUUGGGGGCUGAGGAGCGGACUGCGAAUGGGGCCCAGAGGCAGAAGAGGGCCCACCAGGCGCCGGACCUCACCGAGAGGAUCCCGCGUCCGCCCGGGCCUUCGGAGCAAACGCACAAACAUACGUUGCCCCUGGAGAACUGUCCUGUCUCCUUCCCUUUGCCUGCUGAUGUCUUCGAAGAUGACAUCCCGUCCUCCUCCUCCUCCUCUUCCUCGCCCACUGAGCAGAGUGGUGCUUACCAGUCGCCACCUUUUCCCUCACUGCCGGGGCUCUCAGGUGACAAAUUACUGAGUGACUAUUCAGCGAUGGGCCCGCCUCUCAGCCACAGUCCAAGUCAUGUGCAGUCUGGUUUGGCUUUGCUCCCAGCAACUGAGGGCAUCAGACAACCGAUGAGUGUAACAGCGGGUGAAUCGACCUCGGUGGCAACAACUGGGAGAGCAAAUGGGAUGUAUGUGACUUCUCAGACCACAACCCAGCUGCCAAAGACAGCUCUGCCUCCCAGCCCAGCCGGCGCCUCAGCUCUGCCCCCCUCCCUCAACCUUGCCCCCACUCCCCGCCCACGGAAACCGAGGGACACCAAACCCAAAAUGAGGAAACUCAAGUAUCAUCAAUACAUUCCUCCAGACCAGAGAACGGGGUCUGGAACUGGAGGGGGAGGAGCCAAACAGAAGAGCCCAACCUCAACCCAGUCUUCAGAUCCAGCCUAUUCCCAACUCCUGAAACAGCAGCAGGUGAUCCUCCAGCUUCAGAUCCUCCAGAACCAGCAUGGGGAUCACAGUGAUCUUGUAAAGUCUUCUGGAGCCAUGCCACUCAAUUUACAACCUGUUCCUGCCACAACAAACCACACUCCAAUGGAUCCAAACUCUGCAACCAAGCCCGAGCCUCUCCCUGCAAAUCUUGUUGAUUUAACAGUGUCAGAGUUGCGCCAGCAGCUGCGCAAGCGAGGCCUCCCCGUGUCUGGCACCAAGCCGGCUCUGUUGCAGCGUCUUCGUCCUUUUCAGAUUCCCCAUGCCUGCGUCACCCCUGCUCCCCUGUGUCAGCUGGCUACUGGCCUGGAGCCCCUCACUCCCUGCCUGCAGCUGCCGUCUACCCAGAGCCCAGGCUCAAGCUCCACCUCUGGGCUAGACUCCCCGAGCGGCAGCCCAGUCCAGCAGCUUUACAUCCAAGACGAAGGAAUUCCUAAUGGGAUUCUCAGUGACGCUCCAAGUAGACUUCUGAACGCUGUCCCAAGCAGUUUCACUGCAUCAGUCGGUCUGGCAGGUGAACAGUGUAGUCUUACGAACGCCGUCUUCCUGGCUCCUGCCAGCACCGCCUCAGGAACACCGAGUCCCAGUCUACCCAUGUCGUCCUCCUCGCCCCUGCAGUGUGGGACUCCUUGGAGGACUGAGAGCGAGCAGCAGCAUCAACAGCAGCAAGAGCUCAGCGUAGAGCUGGAGAUGAGGGAAAGAAUAAGGAGUAGACCCAGGGAUCGCGCCACACACCCCGGCAAUGAGUCUUGUGGAGGAUCCCUUCAUCCAUUCCUGCAACAGGAUCCAGGAUGCUCUAAAGGGAAGGCGGAAGCAGACGCACCGACAGAGGUGCUGUUUACACAGGUGUUUUGCUGCCAGCCGUGUGACGUGAUCGGCCAUGACUUUGAGCUGCCGGUGCAGAUUACAGCAAGUCCUGGGCAGGCCUUACCUGGUGUGCGCAGCUUGGAGGAAGAACUACAGGAGGCCAUCCAGAAAGCCCAGAUGGAUCCUCGUCAGUCCAUUGACGACAUUCUGGAUGAGCCCCUCUCUUGUGCUGGCUCGGCCAGUGUCUCUGAUCAUAAAUCCCCGGCCCACUCAACCUCUGACCCCUCUCCUCCUCCCUCCCCACCCCCUCAAAUUGAUCCGCCCCAGGCCUCCCUGCCGCACAACAAAGACGACAACUUCUUACCUUCACCUCUUUGCUCCUCUCUUCUGCUGGAGCUCCCUCCGUCCCCUGCCGUGAUAAAUCCCAAUCAGGUGGUUCCUGCUCCACCGCCGCCUCCCAUUUGCACGUCCCCUCUGCCUUCCACUAGGAAGUCCCGGAAACGGCGGGCUCCGACUCCAUUCGAUGCCGCCGACUGGCUUGAGACGCUGACGUCUGGCCUCCGCCCUCUCACCCCACCAAUCGCUCCCUUCGUUGAGUCGGACUUCAGUCUGGAUUCAGAUCUGAAUGUCAAUCGAGUGCUCGAUCUGAUGAUAGAGCAGUGGUGA